AUGAUAAGUUUGGCGAUCGUAAAUGAUAAAUUAUCUUUUGGAGAAAUCAAGCUUAUCCAUUCUUUCAGUGAAAAUAAUGUCUUGUCUAGUUUUUUUGACUUUAUAUUUUCUUGGUCAUAAAUGUGGAGAUGCUCAAUUAAUCAAUCAUAUAGCUUUUAAAAAGUUUCUACCCCUUACUCUAAUUUAAGGGGCUCCAAAAUUUUGAAAAAUUAAAAUAAAUACAACAAUAAAACUUUUAAAUAGCACAUUAACUAAAUAUAAAUGUUAAACUAAAAUAUUUGCCAUUUCUUGUCUGAAAAUUAGGCAUAACUCCAAAAUUCUUAUUCUUAACCUGAAUUACAGUCUUAGAGAUAAGAAUUAUUUGUAUUAUUUAAGUCAAACACGGAUAAUAAUAAAUUAUUUAUAUUAGGUAGAAGUUUACACAUAUUUGUUUUAUUUAAUGAUUUCUUAAAUAGGAGAUCUGAUUAAAUUUUAUAAAAAGCAUUUCUGAAAAUUAUUAAAGCUAGUAAAAAUUCAUCAUAUUUUUAAAUAUGUUUAUUGGUAUCUAUAGAAAAUAAAAGGAUUGAAAAUUUGGAAUAAUUAUUAGAAACAAAAUAUCAAUAAAAAAAUCAAAGAUCCAAUUAGAAAAAUAUCAAUACCGAUUGUGAAAAAUUUUAGAAAUAGUAAAAUUCCAAAAUCACCAAUCUAUCUUCAGUUGCAAUGAUGAUGUUUAUAAUUGGUAUUUUAAAAAUUAGUAAUUUAGAACUUUAAAUUAGAUUAUAAAGCAACCUAAUCGUUUUGAUUUCUUUGCUGAGAUUAUUCAAUUUUAAUACAUCCUCUGUACAAAAUUAUUGA